AUGGUUCCUCAGUCUCACCACUUGAAAGAAUUCCUCCCAGUACCAGAAACAUUUGGAAUAAAUCUAGGAAGAUUUCUAAAUAUCCUUUGUUACCUGCACAAGCCAGGAGAGCAUAACACUAGAGGAAAAUCUUACAAAUGUAAUGAAUGUGGGAAGACUUUUAGCAAAAGCUCAAACCUCAUGAGUCAUGAGAUCAUUCAUUCUGGACAGAGACCUUAUAAAUGUAAUGACUGUGGCAAAGCCUUUUCUGAGUGCUCACAUCUUAUUCGACAUAUGAAAAUCCAUACUGGAGAGAAACCUUACAGAUGUAAUGAAUGUGUCAAAUCCUUUAACAGGGUUUCGAGUCUCACCAGACAUCAGAGAGUCCAUACAGGAGAGAAACCAUAUAAAUGUAACAUAUGUGGCAAGGUCUGUAGUCAAAAUUCAAACCUUGCAAAUCAUCAGAAAGUGCAUACUGGAGAGAAACCUUACGAAUGUAAUGAAUGUGGAAAGCCUUUUUCUGAGCGUUCAAAUCUUACUCAACACAAGAAAAUCCAUACUGGAGAGAAACCUUACAAAUGUAAUGAGUGUGGCAAAGCUUUUAAACAUUCUAGCCUUAUAGAACAUCAGAGGAUUCAUACAGGAGAAAAACCGUAUAAAUGUAGUGAAUGUGAUAAAGCUUUUAUCAGACGUUCACACCUCUUGAGUCAUGAGAGAACUCAUACUGGAGAGAAACCUUACAAAUGUAGUGAGUGUGGCAAAGCCUUUGCUGAGCGCUCAAAUCUUACUCAACAUAAAAAAAUCCAUACUGGAGAGAAACCUUACAAAUGUAAUGAGUGUGGCAAAGCUUUUACCCAAUUUGCAAAGCUUAGUAGGCAUCGGAAAAUGCACACUGGAGAGAAGCCACACAAAUGUAAUGUGUGUGACAGCUUUACCCGAAAUUCAAGCCUUGUGGAACAUCAGCGAAUUCAUACAGGAGAAAACCUUAUGGCAGAUGUCAAGAAUGAUGACUCCAUUGUCUGA